AUUGGGUGCUCUGGCCAGAAAUGUGAACAGAAUGACCACAUCAUAUCCCGAGUUUACACCGUUACUCGACAGUUUCAGGGCAGCGAUGGAUGUGAUUGAAGAAAUGAAAAGGAAUGCAGAAGAACAAAGUGUUGCUAGGCCAGAUGUCCAGAGUGGUGGAGUUGGCAGACCUAAGUACCUUGUUUCACGUGACCAGCUAGAGACACUGCUCGAGAUGAAUUUCUCAAACAAAGACAUUGCUUCAAUGAUUGGCAUCAGUGUGUCUAGUGUUAAAAGGAGAUUGCAGGAGUUCAACUUGAAUAGAAGACACACAUUCUCCGACAUAUCAGAUGAUGAUCUAGACAGUCGAAUUAGGCAAUUCACACAGGGAAAUCCAACGCUUGGACAGAGAAAUGUUUUAGGCCAGUUAGUUGCCGAAGGGAUCAGAGUUCAGCAUGACAGAGUGGCAGAGGCGUUGCUAAGGGUUGAUUCAGCAGCAGUAGCUAUGCGAUGGACACAGACCAUACUCAGAAGGACAUACUCAGUUCCUGGACCAAAUGCACUGUGGCAUAUAGAUGGCAACCAUAAGCUUGUGAGGUAA